AUGCCGCCAGGCAAGAUUACAUGUGUUCCCCCUCGCCGUACAGCCCCUCUCUGCUCAUACCCCACCCUCCCCAAUUCCCUCCCCUACCAUGACGACCUCGCGGAUCUCAUCGGCGGCCUGUCCGUAGACGACCCCAAGCGGAAGGUACUCCUAGAUGAGCUGGAGGAGCUCGAGCUGUAUCUCGAGAACCUCGGAUCCCACCUUCGAAAGAUCCCUUCCCCCAAACCAGCCCUCACUCCUCCCCCCGCAUACAGCGCCGCUCCUCCUCCCCCUCCAGCCCCGCUCGACCUCCAAGCCCAGCUGGAUCUAGCCAUAGUCUCGCAGUCGGACCGUCACCCAGACUUGGACCAUGCUCGACAUAAUACGGCCAGCUCGGCUCAGCGACGUACCGCCGAGCCGCACGGUAUAAGGCGGGGCGGACAUAGGAAGAUCAGGCAGUCUCUUGCGUCCAAGGCGGUCUGGGAAAAGGUGGAAAGGACUCGGGCGAAGCGGGCAAAGAGGCAAAAAACGCGUAGCCACUUUCAGAAGAAGCUCAACAGUCGGCGCAAUCGCCUGGCGUUGAUGCAUCUCCGAAGCCCCACUCCUCCGCCAGAACCCGCUUCAAAAUCCUCCUCGUCUUCCAUCUCCUCUCCUCAAAUCGUCAAGAACAAGGACACUGGGAUGGGUGCAAGAUUGGUACGCGUCCCCGCGACCAUGGCCGCUUUUGGGAAGUUGUCCGCUCUGCGGGUCUGGCGGGAGGUGAAGGCGGUCAAGGAGCUCAUUUGCCACAAGGAAGAGGAUUGGGAUAUCUAG